AUGCUAGCUGACGGUGGGUCCGGUCUCAACUUGAUCUCACCUGAUGUGAUCAAGAGGCUGCAGAUUCCAGAAGAGGAUUUGAAGAAGACUGGCAUGUUCCAAGGAAUCAAUCCAGGAAGAAGCCAGCCGAACGGCAAAAUCACCUUGCCGGUGACGUUUGGCAGUGAGCUCAAUUACAGGAUGGAGAAAAUCAUCUUUGACGUCGUUAAGAUUUCAUUACCUUACAAUGGAAUCCUUGGACGCCCGGCACUUGCGAAGUUUAUGGCUGCAUCCCAUUAUGCCUACAACAUGCUGAAGAUGCCUGGGACGAUAAGUGUCAUCACCAUCAACUCUGACAAGAAAGAUGCAUUGAUCUGUGCUGAUCAACUAUACCGGGAAGCAGUUGCAGCAUCUGUCGACAAGGCAUUUGCUCCCGCCGACAAAGCUCCCAGGGGGAAGAAGAGGAAGAAGACCGGCAAGACCACUAGCUCUGGCAAGCACGCCUAUUUGGAUUGUUGCACUCCCAUUGAGGAUGUGCCAUAG